AUGGUUCUGUCAGACGCCUCAAAGGCUGACCAGACUGCGACCGCUGGCAAGAGCCAACUCAUCAUCCGCUUCUACGACCCCGAUGUACGCGCCAAGGACGCCCUCGGUCGGCAACUCGAUGAGAUACUGGCAUGGUCAGACAAGGGUUCUCCAUACAACAGUGAAGCCCCAGUCGUCAACCUCGAAGUAAUGCAAGCCUUCCGUUCACGGAGUGAGCUACGGCAGAACCUACGACGAAGCUUCGAGCGUAUGCUCAGCUUCUACGGCUUCAUGGUAUCCAACAAGUCUGAAGCGGAGUCGAAGCAAAGCGAAUCUUCUGAACCAGCCUCUUUCCCGCCAGGUGCCCACACAAACAUCUCCGCAUCCAAGCCCCUUCCAUACCACAUCGUCCGCACACCAGAUUAUCGCAAGAAGUUCGCCAACUGGGCCAUCAGGUUCGACCACAAUCAUCUUCGCAUCACGCGUAUCCUCCGGUGUCUCCGCGUUCUAGGCCUACAGACUGAGUGCACGGCCUUCUUUGAUGCGCUCGAACGCACAUACGAAGACCCACAUGUCAGCAUUAGUGAUAGGAGUAUGGGUUACUGGCGGCUGGCUGUUACGCGUCCUUUGUAUCUGGCUCCUGAUGACUCCAAGUGCAAGUGGUUGGUGGGUUGGGAGAAGGAACAGGAGGAUCUGAGACAGGUCGACGAGGAGAAAGCAAGGAAUGAGCGGGAUAAGCCGCAGAAGCAGGAGUCAGUCGCGUCUAGUGAUAACGUGGAGGGUUGA